AUGGCGCAUCGGGACCCCUCCCCAGUGCAUGUGCCUCUACGAACAUCCAGCCGAACUCCCUACAAAGCCAUGGAGAAGCACGAAGAGGUUGGCUAUGUCGAGCGGAAAGCCUCCAAGGCGCAGCGCAUCCUGGGUACCGACUUGCCUCUUCCCAAUCCCCAGACCAAAUGGGAGAAGCAAAAGUCUCGCCGACAGAGCUUGCGGACCCCCGACAGCAGCUCAGCACAGCAGAACCAACAGAACCAGCAUUCAGGCUUUGCAGCUUUCCCUUCCUCUCGAAACUCAAUAGCCCCGCCUCCGAAUCUCCGCGUUCGUGCCUCGUCGCCUCUGCUCGGCCAUAACUACCAAUCUCAAGAAGCGGCACCGCCAAUGCCCAAGCACUCCAAGAAGGUCCACCAAUCCGGGUCUUCGUCCACUCUUUUCUCCUAUUUCAGCUCCAAAGAAUCAAUCAGAUCUUCAAAAUCCAGUCCGACCACUCCCAAACAACAGCAGAGCCUCCAGCCUCAUAUCCGUCAUGAACUGGGCCUGGACCCCCAAGUGACGUACAAGCAAUCCCGCAGUGCAACGAAGGAGCAAGAAAAGGAAAAGGACUCCAAACGCAAGCUGCGCCCUCCCCGCAUUGACCUGUCGAUCCUCUUCCCGAAACCUCGAAACACUGCCCCUCCACUCCUGUCACCCCAACGUAUGACCAACUCGCCGUCUCCGGUCUCCACUGUCGUUUCAGACUACCCCUCCAACAGGAUGGACCGAGGUGGAAUUCCACCCUCUGCGAAGAAGUUUGGAGAGCCCCUACCGCAACGAACAUCGGUCAUUCCCAAUGAAGGUCCCAAGAAGAAUGGCGACCGCUCCGAUCUACUUUCAAUUCCCGAAUCCAAAGAUGGCGAGUGGUACGAUCAUCCGCUUGAGCGCACUGUAGGCACCAGUGAAAUUGAUCUUGCCUUGGACCGAUACGCUGGGCGGCGGUCCCUGUUCAGUCGCUCCAGUGUCUAUACGGCUAGUCGCGAGCAGUUGAAACCCGAGCCUAAUCGUCCCGCGGAAACCGGAAUCGCGGCUCGCAGAGGCCAAGCCCCGGCUGGUAUUCAACACAAGGACUCGUACUUGAUACCAACCACGCAGCCGACUGAGGCAACUCGCCAUCGCGCGUUGACAACCGAAUCAAGCAACUCGCGUGGCGGAAAGAGUGCGGUGAGCAAGAAGAGUAGCAAGAGCACACUGAGGAACAAGGAUCUGCAAAACUCUAGUGUCCUUUGUCUCUCUUCGUCGGAAGAUGAGGAAGAAGAGGAGACACCCACGACUCAGCAAGGCAAGGCCAACAAAGAUUCUCGCCGAAGCAGCGUGGCCACGUAUGUUGAAUACGAGCCGGAGAUCUAUACAGCACGCGCUGCUCAGGCUGCCACGGCCAAAAAGGUUCACCGCGCACCGUCGACUAGCAGCCGCGGAUCUCAUCCAAACACACGUAGCCAGUCAAAUCGCCGACAUACCUCCAUCGCCUCUACCGGCAAGUCGUCGACGACCACUCGACGCACCGCGAACUCUAAGCGGUCAAGCCACAUCCCCAUCAUCGCCGAACCGGAUAUUCUCAAUCAGUUCCCACAACAGCCACUGCAUACCCCUCAGGAAUUAAAGGAGAUGAACCGACGAAGCCGAGUCAUCGCGGUCACCCGCCAGGAGCAGGAUCUCCUUGAGGCGAUGCGCCAGCGAAAAGGCAAGAUCACGCCAAGCAUCUUCCAGUACAGCAACGGUACAUCAGAAACCGAUCGUAAUUCAAUGGCCUCGGGCCCGUCGCGGGACUCGUUCUGCGGCUCCGACACGUCCUUCUUGCGCCUCAGCGCUGCAUUCCCGCCGUUCCACGCGCGGACAGACCAAGGUGCAACUCACAUGGACAAAGACGGUUCUCCCUCGCAGAGUUCGGGUUCUGAUACUGAACAGAAAACUGGUAAUCCGAUUGCCUCGCCCCAGUUCAGUACGGGCUAUACCGAAAGUCUCCCAUCGCCCGCCACGAGCGCUGCUUCACCCCUUACGCCAACCCUCCCUAUCCACCGGUUCUCACCGCUGCCCUCGCCGAAGCCUCCUCCCCGUGGUCCUCCUCCCGCCAUCCCGGAGGACCAGAAGCGACACUCCCGCCGUCGUACCGAUAGUAGUGAGGCUAUUAUGCUCAACGACAACGGUGAGCCGCAGCGCAAGCACGACCUCCCGCUUUGGUCCUUCAACUUCGAUUGGGACCACGACCGGGCGAAUGUGGCCCCCGUGUUUUAG